AUGAGCAGCAGUAGCAGUAGUAACAGUUCCAAGGACGUCUUCCCCCUACCUCAUCAUCAGUGCCGCCCUGGCGCCCCCUCUUCGACAACGGGGCUCGCUGGGAUGGCAACCAUGAAGAACACCUUUCUCGAAUUCGGUGGUCCAGCUCCCGAAGUGAGCUUGCGGCAGAGGUCUAAGACCCUGCCAGUAGUACCCAAUAUGGAGGAGCUAUUGCGGGGGUCCCUUCCGAAAGGGGCCUUGGAUACAGUGCCGCAUACAAGCUUCGAUGAGGAAGAGGAGGAUGAUAGUGAUGCCGAGGAGGACUACGAUGUCAUCAGCCCACCAGACCGGAGGAGCUUGUCUAUAGAAGACCAUUCAGCAAAGUCAGGCCAAGGGUCAGCUCUUGGUCCCCACCUCGGCAAGGCCCCUCCCGUACCCUCGGCAACGAUAGAUCAACUCAUUGCUAUGCAGCUACUGGCCACUCUCCAGACACAACAGCUUCAUCAGGGCUUCACAGGGGUUCAAUUCGGCUUGGGCAGCAGAUCUCGACGAGGAAGAGGACAGGACUACUGUGUCGACUCCGACGAUGAUCUCUCCGUCUCGGGCUCAUUAUCAUCAUCAGAAGGUGGCCCUAGAGGCCGGGACUAUACCCUGUUGGACCUCGACAAACAGAUCGAGGUGUCCCCACACAUCCCUCGGGGCCAUGGUCCUCCCUCUUCCCGGGCUAACUCUGCCCCUACCAGGAACAACAGUGGUAGCAGCCAAAACAGUGAUUCUGGCAAGACCACAGUAAUGCUACGGAACAUCCCCAAUAAAUACACUCAGAAGAUACUUCUAAAUUCCAUCGAUGGACGAGGCUUCGAAGGCACAUAUGACUUUUUUUAUUUACCCAUUGAUUUUCGCAACAGAUGCAAUCUCGGGUAUGCUUUUAUCAACUUCACCACACAUGAGUCGGCAGUUGCCUUCACUAACUCCUUCAAUGGUUACUCUCUGCCUGCAUUCAAGUCCACCAAAGUCUGCGAGGUGUGCUGGGCUCGGGUCCAAGGCCUGGAAGCUAACGUGGACCACUACCGUAAUUCGCCAGUCAACGAGAUGCCCCAUAAUGAGUAUAAGCCGAUGCUUUUCGCUCGGGGUCAGUACAUACCCUUUCCGAUGCCGCCUCUACCGUAUGCUGCCUCAGGCCACCCAGUGGAGUUCCCUCGUCCCUUGUCAGCGACCGACAAUAGCAAUCAAAAGCUUGUGGUCCAUCAGACUCCACAACAUACAGGAGGGGGUAUUUUGCAGCCGCCCGCAUCGAAGGUUUAUUCACAGCAAGAUACGCUUGGGAGCCCGAGGACUGGAGGAGCGGCUAUGAUACGACGCAACAAGAUCUUCAUCGGCGGGCUGUCGGUCGGUAGCACCAGUGAGGCUAUACGGCAGCAUUUCCAGCAGUGGGGACGAGUGACGGAGGCGGCAGUGAUUACUGAUAAAAAAACGGGUCAAUCCCGUGGCUUUGGUUUUUGCACAUACGCCCACGACGUGCCUGAUGAGGUCCUGACGGCUGAGCAUUGGGUUGAUGGUCGCAACAUUGGGGUUCGGGUCUAUGCUAGCGGCCCGCCCUCGGCAGCCCCUACAUUGCAUAUGUUUACUUCUCCACGACUACACAAUGAGUUUGGUUUCUCCCAAGGGGAGGCACCAACAGCUACAAGCUAUAUGUCAUCAGGCGGCGUCACCACACGUGAGUAUCUAAGCUCACUCGUCCGCAGUCAGUCGGGACCAUCAUCAGCCUCCCGAUAA